AUGGCAAGCAAAGAAAGCUUCGCAACAAAUGAGAAAAAAGAUGAAAGUUUCGGCAGCAAAGAGCAGGUUAUUGAACCGUACAUGUUUGAGCCAGACAAGGGGGAACAUGGCGAAGCUAGUGACGAUUCGAGUAAAGAUUCUGGGUCAGAAGAGGACGAGUUUGACGAAGAAUUCGAAUCGGCUAAUGCUUGGCGUCGUACUACCCUUGAAUGGUGUAAGUGCGGUAAAUGUGCGAUAAUGGAGAAGACCAUUGAAAGCUUAUGUUGCCACGAGAAAGCAUUGGAGUACGACGAAUACGACGACAAAUUUACUAGCGCACAAAAUCAAGAGUUCACUUGUAUAACAAGCCUGUCUUCGUUUGUGCAAAAUAUGCUAUCAAAGGACGUGCUUGAUGUCAAUGUUUCACAAUAUUUGGAAGAAAAUUGGCCUCUUAGAGACGAUCAAUUAGAACAGACACAUAAACUAUAUCGUCUCGUUUCGUACAGAAGAUGUUCGAGAUGGGUUUUUACCAUUUUGGGCAAAAAGGUGCGCAGAGUUUUCCCUUAUAAUUCGUGUGUUUAUACAUGUAUCCGCAAAGAAUUUUCUUCCCCGACUGGUUUGUACACUCACUUUAAGUUUGCUAAAUGA